AUGUCUCCGGCGGCUGGAGACGUAGCCCAAACGCCAGAGCCGAAAUCAACAAGCGGCUUUGCCAGCGUAUUCAAGAGCUUGACUGGAAACAGAUCGGCGAAGAACCCAAACCCUAGCUCUCCAACAUCCCUAAAUGGCACAAAUAUUCUGCCUACGGCCCUCUACGUGCAACCGGCGACAUAUGGCGGACCACCCGAUUACGAACACCUUUAUGCACAACUGAAGCAUGGAAAUCCUCUGGGAGAACGACUGGCAGCGGCAGAGGCCCUCCGUCACGCCGUACAAGAUUACCCAUUGACAGGAGUCACUAGUAUAUUCAAGCAGGGUCGAGAUCUUAUCGAAUCGAAGAACCCUCGGGAGGCUCGCAUCGCUGGUUUCGAACUCCUGACUGCUUGUGUACAGCAGACCAUCUCGACGGACCCAGAACGACUGUUUUAUUUCCAUGUUCUUACUGCUCCAGCAAAUCCCGAGGACUUCCACCUCCAGCUUGCAUCCCUAGUGGAAUUGGCAAAAAAUGGAAAGGACCUCGCGGGGUUUCAUUACGAAACGCUGCCCCUCUUGACUUCCUGGUUGAAGCACAAUUUUUCAGUGACUUCUGCCGCUAGGAGAGAGGCGGGUCGUCAAAAUAAGACCUCAAAGAGUAAAGCUCCUCUAGGCGAGGAGACUAACUUAUCGCUCCUAUUUGCCUUCAUUGUUGAUGUUAUCAAGUUCAGUUUCAGUGUAUCGAGUGAGGAAACUACUGGCGACCUUAUCGACGUUGUCCUAUAUAUAUGUGUGAACACGCCACUAUCAGGAGAUCUGAAAGCCUGCAUCAACGUCAUAAACGCGAUCGUCACAUAUGGUGAUAUUCCAAGCAUAAAACUCUUGGGCUGUGUCAAGGUGCUCUGUUCUAUCCAUUGCCUUGUCACUGACGUUCAACCAGAUGCAUGGCGUUCCAUCAGUAACCUUUGCAAAUCCCAUAAUGGUCAGAAGACAGUCAGGAUUCUGCUUAACAUUCUCCAAGAACCACCUGUCGAUGCAUCCAAUGGCAAACAAACGGUACGCGAGAUUAGAGGGGCGCUGUCUGUUCUAGAGAAGCUUUUUGCCAAGGACGGAAAGAAUGGGUAUCCUCUUGUUCCAUUCACUCUGCUUAUCGCUGCACUUGAGAAUGUUGUGGAGGUCGAACACACGAAGGUCGAGAACGACGUCCUACGCUUGAUUCUAUCUCUGUUCAGUGAUGACAGUGAAGAGGUCAAGGUGAAUGUCAUGGAAGAGGAUUGGUCUCUAAUGUUCGAUGUGGUCACCAAAUGUGCACAGCGUGCACUAGAAACCCCGGAUGGACGCCAACUGAUCAGCCGCUCUCGUGUCAACAGUCCUUUAGCCAAGGAAGAUACAAACGAGCAAAGCCUGGCCACUAACUUGGCGCAGACCUUGUAUAGUAUCAUUCUGCGUAUUGAGGAACUUCUUAUUAAAUUCGCCACUAUCGAUUUCUUCCAGAAAGAGGAUUGUAUCAGGUUUUUCGUCACUGUCCACCAGCAUCUCCCGGAAUCGUGCGCAAAGCUGGUCAUUGACCACUAUAUGGAAUACCGCUAUUGCUACCCCUCAGACUUGGAUUGGAAGGAAAACACCAAGAUGAUACUUUCAGCGUUCUUCACAGACCGAUCUCAGCCAACUCAUAUUCGCCUCCAUGCACUGAAAACCAUUACCGAUGUCUUUGAGGUGAUCGAGAUGAUGGAUGAACAUGAGGAUCCGGAUACAGUGCAAGUCUUUGUAAUGUCUAUUCUCGAUGAUAUUGGAGAUGAGAAAGACAUUGCAAUUUUGCAGAAUGUUGUUGCUUUCGCAGUGACGGUCGCGGAGAAGGCUGAUGAAGCGCUAUUCACCUACGUAGUGGACGCGAUUCGAGGAAGCAUCACAAGUGACCGCCUGCAAUCACCGCUUGGAUCCCCCCCGGGUUCUAGACGGGGGUUGAUGAAUCCCAGUAGGCCUACAUCUUCGAUUGUGUCUAACACUUUGAUUCAGACCCCGUCAAAUGUUGUCACAAGAGGCCUCAUUCUGAUAUUUAUGAAGACUAUGGACAGCUCGAGCGCCAAAGCUCUACGCGUCUAUGACGAACUUAUUUGGAUCUCCAAGUCUCACGAAUGCGAGACUGAUGCACGAAUCUCGGCAUUAAAAAUGCUCUCGAGAUUACGAGCGGACUGGGCAAAUGGUAUUUUCUUGACGCCAUUUACGGAAUCUGAUGGACUGGCAGCCACUCUCUACCGAACUCCUGCCUCGCUUGCAAGAAAACAAGCUAUCGAUGAAGCAGCUCAGCAACAACGCUCGUCACGAACUGAAGAUAGCUCUCGCAUAUUAAGGAGCACAUCGGUCGGUCAAGGUCAUCCAGCAAAUCGGCAGCCACUCCGGUCUACCAGCGGUCUUACGAGAACAAUGCAACGCCACCAUCCUCAGAUGUGGAUGUGUCCCGAUCAGGAUGCAUUACCCGAGCCCGCGUCUGGGAAAGCUAGUUCAGAGCUGAAAUCUUGGCUGAGAGCAGAAUCCCAACAAAAUGAAGAUUCCAUCAUGGAGACCGGCGACGAUAAAUCUCAGAAUGUGGAAAAGACUGAGGCUGCUGAAAAAGAAGCGUCGUUAAGUACCAGUUCCCAGACCGCCCUGAACAUUGGUGUAUACCUUGAGACAAUCAUCAGCCUGAUGAAGAAUGGCUGUGAUUGGGAGGUUUACAGCUACAUCCUUGUUCACUUGGCUUCACAGUUGACAAACCAAGCUCUGUUUGUUGGCGCUAUUCCGCAAAUUCGGACUUUGAGAGAGCUGCUUUGCGAUCAAAUCAAGAACAGCACCUACUACGACCCGCCCUUGUCAUCUGGCCUGCGGAAAGCCGAUGUUGCCAUCUGUAUCUUCCAGAUUCUAAACAUGGUUAUGAGUUAUCAUCGUCACUUCUCCAAGGUCGACCAAGGCGAGAUUGUUCGAACAUUCCUACAAGGUGUCGGCGAGAAAACCUCAAAGUGCUGUAUCCACGCACUCUCCAUCUGCUGCCACGAGCUUCCUGGGUCAACAAGCAAAUCUCUUGUGCACAUCCUCCAGAAAAUGUCCCAGAUAAUUACCCAGAGUCAUGUGGCCAUCCAUAUUCUCGAAUUCCUGGCAUGUCUAGCGAGGUUGCCAGAUCUUUAUGUGAAUUUCCGCGAGGAAGAGUACCGCAUAGUAUUUGCAAUAUGCUUUCGAUAUCUACAAUAUGUUCGUGACCAGCAGGCGAAGGAUUCCAGUAACCGCAACAGUAAUCCUCUCGGCCGGAGCACCACAACAUCACCUGAUCCUCGCGGACAGACUGAAUCAAGGAUGGCAGAGAGCAAUUUUGAGCCAAAUACAUCAGACGACUUGCCUCAAUAUGUGUAUGCAUUAGCGUACCAUGUCAUCAUUUUCUGGUUCCUUGCUUUGAAGCUCCCAGAUCGUGCUGGACAGGUUAGCUGGAUCACCAGGAAUCUCGUCUCAACCGAUAUCAACGGAAAGGAAAGAAUCGAUGAGCAAGCCCAGGUCACUCUGGACUUCAUGCAAAGAGUAGCUUAUGCAGAUGUUGAUGAGUCCGACGCUGAUCCUUCUUUUACAGAAGAGAUCUUUGGCGAGAUUCAAAAGAAAAGGUGGAUCAUCGGAAAUAGUCUGAUCACGGUUGAGCAAGCGACCCGAGGUGAUUGGGCUCAAAUCACUAAACGUCAACCUUCCGGUACAUCUUGUUAUAUCAUUCAAGAGAAGUUCAUUAGACCGCCACCUCAUCAGGACCCUGGUCUUGCUGAUGUCAUGAAGGAUGGACGCCUCUCUGACGAAAAUGUUAAGUUGCCGAGCCAUCUUCUGCUUCAACUCUCGGCUUCAAUUCCUCAGAUAGGUGAUGCUACGCGGCCAAUUCCAUUGCCUAAUAAUGAAGAUAUGGAGCGUGCCGUGCAGGGAUUUAACCGACUCUUUACAGUGGAUGGUCACAAAGUGGGAGUGAUAUACAUUGGCGAGAACCAAACCAAUGAGAUCGAAAUCCUUGCAAACAUACAGGGCAGUAGUGACUAUACCGAGUUUCUCUCACGUCUCGGCACACUCACCAAGUUGCAGGGAGCCAAGUUCAAUACUCAAGGCCUAGACAAGGAAUACGACUCCGAUGGGAAAUACACCUUCUGCUGGCGUGAUCGAGUCGCAGAAAUAGUGUUCCAUGUAACGACGCAGAUGCCAACGAAUUUGGAUAGAGACCCUCAAUGCAUCGGCAAGAAACGCCACAUUGGAAACGACUUCGUCAACAUUAUCUUCAACAAUUCUGGGCUUCCAUUUCGCUUUGACACAUUUCCAUCGCAGUUCAACUAUGUGAACAUAGUCAUCACACCAGAGUCUCGGGCGUCAUUCGUUGCAACGCGAUUCAGAUCUAAGAUGCAUGCAGAUGAUGCAUUCUACAAGGUGCAGGUCAUGAGCAAGCCCGGGUUCCCAGAGAUAUCACCUGCUGCGGAGACCAAAAUCAUGAGCCUAGCGGCGCUGCCUGGAUUCAUCCGUUUACUGGCCCUCAACGCAUCCGUUUUCUCACUGGUCUGGUCAAAUCGAGAGGGAGGAGAGCAUGUGUCAUCCUGGCGAAGCAGAUUGCAAGCGAUUAACCGAAUAAAAGAGAGAUACACACCCAAGAGUUCUAGUACGACAGCCACGUCGCCUCCAGGAACAUCCAACGGGGUGAACAUCCGCGAUAGCAUCAGUAGUCUUCGACGAUCUUCAGUUGCGAAUUUCUUAAUCAAUACAGCGCCUGAACCAGCCUCGCAGCGUUCAUCGGUACUUUCCACUGCUGAAACUGAGGUUGGUCUCGGGACUGGCGAGGAGAGUCUGUUAGAAUCUCUUGAUUUUUCAAAAUGGGCGUAA